AUGGCGUCUUCACAAGGAAAACAUAUGCCCAAAGACACUCAAAUCAUUGUGUCGAUUAUGAAAGAUUUGGGUAUUGUUGAAUACGAUCAACAAGUCUUAAAUCAUCUCUUGGAGUUUAACUACAGAUACACAACGCUACUGUUGGACGAUGCCAAGACAUUUUCAAACUUUGCGAAAAAGAAGAAUGUUGAUGCCGACGAUGUGAAAAUUGCAAUACAACUGGCUCAAGACGGAAUAUUCUGUCGACCUCCUCCACGCGAUGUGUUAAUGACAGCAAGUCGUGAUUUAAACAAAAUACCUUUACCUCCAGUAAGGCCUGCCAGUGGACUGCGAAUUCCUCACGAUCGUUCAAAUUUCUUACAGACAAACUACAGGCUUAGAAAUGAUUUGUAUUCUGGAGGCAAUAUGCGUAAAGACACUAAAACAACAGCUGCAGAAAUGUUGGAGGCGUCUAGAAAAUUAGAAGUUGAAGAUAGUCCCUUCCAGCAAUCUAGUCAAUUGAUGGACAGUCCAAUGGAGUUUGAUUUGCAAGAAAUGAUUGAAAAUCGUCAAAGCAGUCAAGAAAGCAUUGGAGAAAAUGAUAAAGAUGAACUUAUGGAGGCUCAGUCAUAUCAAAACCGCUCAUUCUCUGAUAUUGCGCUCGAUGAUUCUGUCGAAAAACAACUUAGUGAUAUGUAA